AAGUGAUCCACCUCCACCACCAGCUUUAACCCAAUUAUUCGUAGUGGUGGAUGCUUUCCAUCAAUAAAAUGAAACAUUGCAAGAUAGCGUCCACAUUUUGCAAACACAUAGUCAACAGGACGGGGAUGCAGAGGAGAAGCUUCAUAAAGAACUAAUAGGUUUUAUGUUGUUCUACAAAUCAAACAGCCUGAAAAGAAAACUGAAUCUAAUAAAAAAGACAUAUUAAUGAACAACAGAGUGAAGGGAGAUCCUCGCCUGCAACGGUGGUUCUGGCAGAGAGAGGGGACUGAAGAAGGGCCGUCAAUGGUGGGUGCGAAGGGCGGAACGGAGCCGGUAACGGGCUGCUCCUUCCAUGAAAUGAUAUCAAAAUUCAUCAAACCAGAUGAUUAUACUUUUAAUAUAUUGGUUGAUGCUCUUUGUAAGGAAGGAAAAGUGAAAGAAGCUAAGAAACUGUUAGCCGUGAUGAUGAAAGAAGGUGUGACACCUGAUGUUGUUACAUAUAAUUCAUUAAUGGAUGGUCAUUUCCUACUUAAUGAAGUGAACAAGGCCAUGAAUAUAUUCUAUACUUUGGCUCGAAGGGGAGUGGCUCUUGAUGUUCAUUCUUAUAGUACAAUGAUCAAUGGACUAUCUAAGAGUAAAAUGGUGGAUGAGGCCAUCAAUCUCUUCAAAGAAAUGAGUUGCAACAAUAUUAUUCCUAAUUUGAUGACUUACAAUGCCCUUAUUGAUGGUUUGUGCAAAUCAGGGAGAAUCUCCUAUGCUUGGGAGCUUGUUCUUGAGAUGCACGAUAAUGGUCAACCAGCCGAUAUAGUCACUUACAGUUCUAUAAUAUACGCUUUAUGCAAAAACCAUCAUGUUGACAAAGCUAUUGCAUUAGUCAAGAAAAUUAAAGACCAAGGCAUACAACCAAGUAUGUUCACAUACAAUAUACUUCUAGAUGGAUUAUGCAAAGAAGGACAACUUAAGAAUGCACAAGAUGUUUUUAGGGAUCUUUUGAUUAAGGGUUAUAGUCUAGAUGUCCGAACGUAUAGUAUUAUGAUCAAUGGACUUUCUAGAGAGGGCUUGUUUGAUGAAGCAGAGGCCUUGUUGUCCAAAAUGGAUGACAAUGGUAUCAUUCCUAAUGCUAUAACUUAUGAAACUAUAAUCCGUGCGCUCUUUUAUAAAGAUGAGAAUGCAAAGGCAGAGAAACUUCUUCGCGAAAUGAUUACUAGAGGUCUACUUGAAGAGUAACUCUAGGGCCUGAAGCUAGCUUUAGACAGCAUCAAGUGAUCGAUAAUGCAGCUUUGUUAAAUAACAGUUAUAAUGGUGCUAAAGCGUAGCAGAAUUUGAACAAUCGCUCCUGUUCUGUGAUAUUAUUUAGUACAAAGUGCUGUCAAAUAGUGACUAUGUCGAUGCUAUAGCCUAUAGCAUUGUAGCGUAAGUUUGAAUAAACCGUUAUUUCCUGGAUGGGUGAAAUAGAAAUACUGAUAAUGAAAAGAAAUGGACUAACUUACCUAUGAUGGCAUGUGGUUUGUUACUGGGACUUUAGGUGUUGAAAUUAUAGUAUUUGUUGUCCUGUGAUAGAAAAAAAUAGUAAUGGAGAAUGUAAUGUGAUAGCAAUAAACUUAUGUUAUCUUGUCAAGGACAUACAUUUUUAUGUGAAUUGAUUUAUUCUUAAAGAUCUUCAUAAGUUGGUGUCAAAGGGGUGGAAAUGCCAUCGGAAACAUGAAAUACUGUAUUUUGACUUGGAACUUUCUGUCUUGAAGUUUAUUGUCAUUGGCUUACCUAAAGAUCUAUCAUUGGCAUGGAUUCCAUUAGGGCUUUUUACUC